AUGUCUUCCUUCUUCACAGUCCCCUCUUCCCAAAAGAAGCGGAAACGGCUAGACUCCCAAUCCGAAGCUCCAAAAAAACGUCUCACGUCCCCCAAACCCGCAAAGGAGUCCAAACCCGCACGCAAACCUCGAAAAGAAAGAGACGACUCCAUCUCCGGCUCCGAAGACGAGGACUCACUCCCCGACGCACCUCGAGAUGACGACGCAGAAUCGAUUAAAUCUGCAUCCUCAGAGGGCGAAGGAGAAACAGCAGCAGAGCGGCGUUUGCGCCUCGCGGAACGGUAUCUAGAGAAUAUACGCACGGAAGUCGACGACGAGCAUGGUUUUGAUGCGGAGGAGAUUGAUAGAGAUUUGAUUGCUGAACGGUUAAAAGAGGAUGCUGCGGAGUCGAAAGGGAAGCUUUAUAGGCAGUUAGCGGAGGAGUUGGAGUUCGGGGAAGCGAAGAAGUGUAUAUGGAGGUGGAAUAGCGAUGUUGUUACGGGCGUUGCCCUUAAUAUGCCAUGGGCAUAUACUGUUUCCAAGGAUUUGGGGCUUGUGAAAUGGAGGUUACAGGAACUACCGGAAAACCAAUGGCUGCCGAAGAAUGGGAAGAAGAAGUCCAAGAAGCCUAAACCACCGCCGAAGAGGAAACCAGAGCAAGUUGCGUUUGUGAAGGGGGAUAGGAAGAAGAGUAAGGAGAACUCGUAUCAGGGACAUGUGGAUACUAUUCUAUGUGUUUCCGCUUCGCAAGACGGGAAGUUCGUAGUCACAGGCGGCAAAGAUAGAAGGAUCAUCGUCUGGGAUGCCGAAACUCUCAAAUGCCUGAGAGUCUUCACCCAACACCGAGACGCCGUUACAGGACUUGCAUUCCGAAGAGGCACAAACCAACUCUAUUCGUCAUCCAAAGACCGGACGAUCAAGAUCUGGAGCUUGGACGAGUUAGCAUAUAUCGAGACACUCUUCGGACACCAAGACGAAGUCGUCGACGUCGCGGCUCUCGCACAAGAACGCUGCAUCAGCGUCGGGGCACGGGACCGCACCGCCCGACUCUGGAAAGUCGUCGAAGAAACACAACUCGUAUUCCGGGGUGGUGGAAGCUCUGAAAAGAAAUCCAAGCCCUCCUCUUCGAAACACACCAAAACUCAAGAGGGCUCGAUUGACAGAGUCGCCAUGAUCGACGAGGAGAUGUUUGUCACUGGCUCAGACAACGGGAGUUUAAGUCUCUGGGCUAUCCAUAAGAAGAAGCCUGUGUUUACCCUGCCGCUAGCCCACGGUGUUGCGGAACAGAUGAAGUCCGAAGAGUACAGUGCGGAAGCGAUUCCCGAUCCGAGUGUUGUGCCGGCCCCGAGCCCGAGGUGGAUUACAGCGUUAGCGACGAUUCCGUAUUCGGAUGUUGUGUUGAGCGGGAGUUGGGAUGGGUGCGUGAGGGCGUGGAGAGUGAGCCCCGACAAAAAGAAGAUCGAGCCUAUGGGAGUUGUUGGAGAGGGUGGGAUCAUCCCCGAGACUAACGGGCAAGUCAAUGGCGAGCGAGAAGGAGCAAUUAAGGGUAUAGUCAACGACAUCUCUGUCUUCGAACGCGGAGAUAGAGGGAAAGACGGUGUUUGUGUUGUUGUUGCUCUGGGCAAGGAGCAUCGAUUUGGACGAUGGAACGAAGUCAAGGGGAAGAAUAGCGGUGUUGUUUUUGAGAUACCAAGGCUACAGAAGACGAAUGGGGUCGCUGCAGCCGUUGACGAAGAGGAAUGA